AUGGAAGCGCUCAAGCACUCCGUACAGCCCCUCGGAGCUCAAAUUCACGCAUGGGGUGGCCUCGGGGACCCUUGGGAUAGAAGCGUCAUCUUGUGGACCCGCAUCGCGCCCACCGCUGAGUCGGACGCGGGAGAGGCCAGCGUCCAGGGCACGGUGCCCCUCUAUAGCCAUGACACGGAGACCUACAUCAAGGCGGACCCGAAUCCGAUCUGCGUGGAGUGGAAAGUGUACGCGGACAAGGGAGGAAAGCAAUCUGAUCGGGUUGUGUCGAGAGGCAAGGCCUAUACCACUUCGGAUAUUGACUACACGGUAAAGGUGGAGGCCGAGGGUUUGAAGCCGUUUACCAGCUACUUUUACCAGUUUUCGGUAUGCGACUCUGAGAACAAGAGCCCCGUUGGCCGAAUGAAGACAGCACCGAGGGACAAUGAUAAGGUCGACAAGAUCGAUUUCGCCGUAUUUUCUUGCGGAAAUUAUCCCUCCGGGUACUUCAAUGCCUACGGGAACGCGGCUCGCAAAGACAAUCACGACUUUGUCAUCCACCUCGGCGAUUACAUCUACGAGAACAAAGCCGGAGGAGAGCGCGCCCACGAGCCCGCGAACUUGCUCUUUAGUCUACAUGAUUACCGCACUCGUCAUGGCCAGUACCGUGCGGACCCUGACCUGCAACUCUUGGCUCAAAACUAUGCAUGGAUCCCUACUUGGGACGAUCACGAGAUUGCCAAUAACGGGUAUAGGGAUGGGUUCAGUGCUUUGAAUAAUACGGAAGAAUCAUUCCUCAACGACGGGCCGCGCAUCACCGUGGACACUCGAAAGUUCACGCGGCAAACGGACUUGGAUGAUAACCUCCGCAUCUGGCGCUCGUUCAAGAUGGGCAAGCUUCUCGAUCUCGUCAUUCUUGACACACGCAACUACGAUAGAAGCAUUACAUCUUUGGGUUGGAAUGAUAACUACAUCGACAUUAUUCACGAUGAUCCGAGCCGUACUCUUAUGGGCGGCCGCCAAGAGAACUGGUUUUACCGGUCCCUAAGCGAAUCGCAGGAGCGAGGUGCAGCGUGGAGGAUCGUCGGUAAUCAAAUUAUCUUUUCUCGUCUCUUUGAGAAUGACAGCGGAGGCAUGAGUGGCGAUAACUGGAAUGGCUACAUUGCCAACCGAAACCGGACUCUGAAGCAUCUGUACGAUCACAACAUUGGCAACAAUAUUUUCCUCGCUGGCGACAGUCACCAAAACUGGGUUUCUGAUUUGGCUUGGCUUGGUACCAAGGACUACGAUAUGCAGACCGGAGAGGGCGCCAUCGGCGUAGAAUUCGCCGGGACCGCCGUCUCUUCCAGUGGCCAAAAAGGCCCCAUCGAGCCCAACGCCGGGAAUUACUCCCGGGGCAUGAUUGGCCGCAACGAGGAAAUGAUGUGGCAGGAAGGGUACUAUCGUGGCUACUUUCGCCUCAGCAUCACUCCGAAGGAGGUUGAGAGCGGCGCCGUGAAAUUUGGCGAGGUCAAGCACACCAACCUCACAUUGGAUACCGAGACGAAGCAGUGGAAGGUGGUAGGGUCGAAUGAAAGAAUAACAAAACUCUUCGACAUGUUGCAGCAAGAAGAGAUGGAAGACCGGGCGGCCCGGAGGGCCUACGGUGGACCAUACACAGCAAAACACCCCGUGCCCACCGUCCAGGGCUACAGGGAGCACCGCGCCGAGCUCCAGGAGCGCGACCGGCAGCAGAGCUACGAGCAAUACGCGCAAGGCGAGAAUCCGGAGGAUGAUCAGCAUGACGAUGAGCAGCCGUCGAGGCCUCGCCGAGCCUACGAGUCGGUCAAGGCCAUCGCCAAGAACGAGGACCGAUCCAGCGAGGGCCACGAUAAGGAGCCGUACCCCACCACGAACCGGAACUGGGCAGACCGACCGAAACAAUCCGCCGAGGCGCGGGAGAAUGGAGCCGCCUCCAACGGGCCUGUUACGUCCGCCAACGGGACCGCGAACGGUGCUGCCAACGGGUCAGCCAACGGAUCGGCCAACGGACACGCUUCUCACGAUCCAAACGAACAAACUCGCCCAGGCACAGGCACGAGUACAGAAGACCACUCCAGCAAGAAGAACAAAACCCAAUCCGCCACCGAGCAAGCCGCCAGCGCCAUCAACCCCAUGGACAAGCGCAAAGCCAUGAAGAAAACAAAACGCCACGGCGGCGGGCGCGACGUCACCGACCCCGUCACCCACCUGCCCGUCACCAUCCACGACAUGACGGACCAGGACCUCGCGUCCACGCGCGAAAACAUGCCCGCCGCCGGGUCGACGGAGCGCAACACCAUGGACGGCGAGGCCAAGUCCCCGAGCAACUGCGUCGCGAUUUCGACGAGCUGCGCCGCACGCACCGCGGCAUGCGCAAGAUGUUCCCCGCCGGAUAAGAAUGCGCUGAAAAACGAGUUGCGGGGCGUCGUUUUCGGCUGGCUGUUCAUCACGACCGUGCUCGCCGGCAUCGCGGCCACCGUGUACCUCUGCGUCACACAGGUCUCGGGGUGGCUCGGCCAGCGAGUCGAGUCCAUCUUCGAAGACCAGGUAUGGGCGGCGUCCCGCGACGAAGAGGAACGCAUCAACGAGUCCGAAGUGGAGCUCCCCGAGUCCGUGGGCUGGCUCAACAGCCUACUCGCCGCCGUCUGGCCCCUCAUCAACCCGGACCUCUUCACCUCGUUAGCCGACACCCUCGAAGACGUGAUGCAGGCGUCCUUGCCCAAAGUCAUCCGCAUGGUCAGCGUCGACGACCUCGGCCAGGGCAGCGAGUCCAUCCGCAUCCUCGGGCUAAAAUGGCUCCCCACCGGCGCGGCCGGCCAAUCCGUCGACGCCGACGGCCAGCUCACCAAGGGCAACGACGACCACGCGAACCCCGGCGAGAGCCAGAUCGAAAAGGCCCGCAGCCACGACGGCGGCGAGGCGGAGGAGGGCGAUUUCGUCAACCUCGAGCUCGCAUUCGCCUACCGCGCCCGGUCCUCGGGCAAGUCCAUCAAGAGCAAGGCCGGCAACGCCCACUUGUACCUCAAGUUCUACCUUCCCGGCGGCAUCGCCCUGCCCGUGUGGGUGGAGCUCCGCGGCAUCAUCGGCAUCAUGCGCCUACGCCUCCAACUCACCCCGGACCCGCCCUUCUUCAGCCUGUGCACCCUGACCUUCCUCGGCCAGCCCCGCGCCGACCUCUCCUGCAUCCCCAUCUCGAAGCACAGCCUCAACAUCAUGGACGUGCCCCUCAUCUCCAAUUUCGUGCAGUCCUCCAUCGACGCCGCCCUCGCCGAAUACGUCGCGCCCAAGUCGCUAGCCCUCGACCUCAAGCAGAUGCUCAUGGGCGACGACUUCAAAAAGGACACCCUCGCCCUCGGCGUCGUCCUCAUCUAUAUCAAGCGCGCCCGCGGCUUCAAGGAAGGUGACGGCGGCAUCGGCCCCAUCGACGGGUCCAGCGACACCUACGUGACCGUGAGCUGGGGCAAGUUCGGCAAGCCCGCCGCGUCGACGCGCAUCAUCGUCAACGGCCAGAAGCCCAACUGGAACGAGUGGGCCUCCAUCAUCGUCACCCCCGAGGAGCUCAACGCCGAGGAGACGCUGCGCCUGCAAAUCUGGGACUCGGACAAGUUCACCGCCGACGACGACCUCGGCCGCGUCGAGCUCAGCCUCAAGGACAUCAUGCGCGCCAAGAACACCAAGAACAAAAUGUGCGACAGAGAGGAUAGACUCCGCGGCGACGACCCGGACGAGGAGAUGCCCGGGACGCUCUCCUGGUCCGUGGGCUACUUUGGCAAGACGAGGAUCCAGCGCGACCAGCUCGACCGGCAGACGGCGCACCCGGCCAUCCGCAGCACCCAGCAGCUGGACGAAUGGGCUGAGGAGAGCGCCACCAAGAAACUCCGCGAGAGCUCCUCCGCUCACGAGGCCCACUCCGACGAGCGCCGGCAGCAGACGAUCCAGGACUACAAGGAGCGCGAGGACGAGAUGAUCAUCUCAGCCCCGCCCCGCAGGGCUACCCCAGCGGCCUGCUGA